UAUAAACAAUUGCAGUUAUUUUACUUAUAUAAUUCAGUUAGAAUGCAUUAAAACAAUAGUCGUCUUAAUUAUAUGAAAUAGUUGAAAUUUAAGUAUAACCAAUAUUUAGUUGUGGUGGCUAUAAUCUUCUAACUAUAAAAUAAUAGUAUCCGGAACUAAAAAUAUAGCUAUGCCAUAGGGAACUAUAAUUUACAGUUAAUGUACCUACAAUUUAAGUUAGAUCAACCAAAUAUUUUUUUUCGUGUGGAGUACAAGUUGAGUACCAAGCCCAAGGACGUGAUGGUCAAGUGGAUGGACUAUCUGGAGACGUUCUACAACAAGGACCCGUGUCAGUUCGACAAGUUCAAACUAUUUUCCAGCGCGUUUCUGAUCAUGUCAGAGUGUACGCCGCCGCCGGAGACGCCCCCAGAUGCCUCAAACAACGUCAUAGACUUCAGGAAAGUGUACUAUUUCUUAUAUCGCGUCCUCAACAAUUAUUACGUAGGAAAAAACCACAAAGACACCAAAAUAUCGACCUACUUGCACGAAAUGUUCUUACGUGUGUUAGACGACAUCGAGUACACGUCUGAAAACGAGAAAAUCGCCAUGUACAACAUCGUAUCCAAUUGGACCAGUGUUAACAGGGAAAAGUCACUGAAAGUGUACGGGAAAUCUGUUGAAACCGAAACUAAACAAGCGGAAUCUGACACAAAAUCAAAUUUGAAGACGCCCGGAUUUCAAGUGUUACAGCAUCCAAUGAUCCCGAGCUUCAAUCCACUCCAGAUCCGGUCCAACACGCCGUUAUAAUAAAUGAUGUAAUUUAUAAGACUAUAACAUUUAAAUUUGCUAAGGCUCAUUAAUAUAAGAUUUUAUUUUGUUUUUUUCUACUUAAUUUACUCUUACUAUUAUAUAAUGCACCUGAGUAAUUAAUAGUUGUUUAAUAAUAAAACUAAAAGAUUAGAGCAAAAUGUUAUAUUUUUGAUUUUAAAACAAAUAAUUAUGUAUCAUCA